AUGGAAAAGGAAAGACCACCUGAUAAUACCAAAGACUUCUCAGAAGUGUACACUCUUCUUUCUCUGAUUGCACCCCAUACAGCCGAGUCCAAUGAUACUGUCUGUGCUUUAGUUGAUCAUGCCGUGCACUACCUAGGAAGGGCAAAACCGAAUGGAACAGGAGAAUUAAGUGAGUUUAGCGACUUAUCCGUUUUAACCCAACUCGCCUCUCCACCCACCUCCACGCCACCUCUAGUUAUAACCGCAAGUUUAAACAAUAGAACAGUGGUUUAUUUAGAAGCCUUAAGACUAGUGGCUAGCUGGCAAGAAGGCAAGUCUUUAUCAGCCGAACACUUAAGAGUACUAGCUAGUGCUCUUUUCAUGGCAACAGCUAAUCCCCGACUACUACACCGCGAUCGAACGAGCUAUGCCAACAGUUUACUAACUAAGACCGUCCGCCAAAGUCUAAAAGAGGACCAGACUCUUCUCCGUUUAGGCUAUGCAUUAGCUCUAAGCAUCCGAACCAAACGCAUGAAACUACUUGGUGAGUUAGAAAGUAUAGUUUCUCCAUUAAGAAGUAAACUAGUCCAUCUUUCCGUACAGCUUUCUUUACCCCCACCCGGACUUCUUCGUAUUCUGGCUCUACUUAGACUAGCACGUCAAAUGCUUACCUGUCUUAUCACACACCCCAAAUCCAGUCCAAUUUGUCUCCUAAUUCAAAGCUAUCUUCUUAUGGACAAUCCCACCCCCCUCCACGACUCAAUCUUCACCAACCCAGCACACACCAAUCCCAUCUCUAACCUGCGCCACACUCUAACCCAAUGGCUUGACCAAGAAGAAACUCUAGCCAAUCUAACCAAUCACACCACCCCUAACCCAAUUCAACCUAACACCACCCCAAUCCAACCCCACUCAACACAACCCCACCUAACUCAACUCCACCCAACCCCAUCUAACCCACCUAACAUCAUGCCCACUAUAGCCCAAACACACCGCCUACUUGAAAUAGCCAAAAACACCCAAACAACCUUCAAAGCUCUUAAUACCGCCUUUAAUGAACUAGCUCAAAUACCCUUUCUCAGUGAUCUUCUCCAAAACCACCAGCCCUACCCCCACAACUCCACCGACCUCUUCCACAUGAUUGAAAAAGCCCUAGUUGCCCCCAACUAUACAACAACCACUUCACACACCAACACCACCACCCAUACUAACACCACUCCACAUACCAACUAUUGGCAGCACAUAAUUCAAUCAGGACUUGAACCAGUUCUUCAACACUUCUUCCCACCCGAUCUAGUCACCUACGCCGGUUUUCUUCUCUUCCAACAAGGUUUCUUAACCACACCCAGCUGCCAGACCAGUAUUACUCUCUACUAUGCCCACCAAGACAAUUUCCUUUUCCCAACUCUCCAACAAUUCCUCCAAAUCCAGUUCACCGCCCUAACCGACUUACAACAAGAGCUCAACAACCCCAUACUUAGCACCUCUCUCCACCAAAUCAACCAACGCCUCAACUACCCACCACUCACCCAUCUCCUUAACGAACCCCUCAACCAAACAAUCGAAACAAUCAUCUCUACUUUCACCCAUUACACCAACAACCCAGACCAUCCCUACAACCACACCAUCCUAACCACCCAAAUUUCCCAUCUCACUCAUCUCGCCCAAAUUCUCACCAAAGACACUCCCGACCUCUCUCAACCCACCACCAUCUCCCUCCCCCUCUUCAAAGCCCUCCUUCUCUCCCAAGCAUCCAGUGCCACCACUUCCAGCAGCACUCCCAAUAAGUCCACUAAGUCCACCAAAUACACCAAAUACACCAAAUACACCAUCCACUAA